AUGGAUACGGCCUUUGAUCCCAUUGCUCUGCGUCUGCUUGUUCCCCACAGUGGCCACACGGGGGCGACAUUUCCUCUCCCCGGCUUGUUUACCUCGCUGCUGCCCGCCGUCUGCUCCACGCGCCAUAGCAACUGCAGCAUCAGCGCGAGCGGCGCAGCGUUCAGCGCUACGUCAGAGCUCUCCUCGGAUGCGUCAAGGCCUCCACCCUCCCCUCCCGGACUCCUCAUUCUCCUCUCGGUCUCCCGCCACCGCGUCCAGCUGUGGCCCUCGCAGUGCGCGCUCGCUGGCUCCCACCUGACAGGUCCCUGGCCUCAGGACGACAGCCAGCACCUGCAAUCUCCCUACAUGAGGGACAAGGCGACGCAGACCCCCAGGGCCUGGGCAGAUGAGAGGAGGAGGGGCUCUCACAAGCGCUCGGCCUCCUGCGGGAGCACCGACCAGCUCAAGGAGAUCGCCAAGCUGCGUCAGCAGCUCCAGCGCAGCAAACGCAGCAGCCGCCAUCGGAGGGAUAAAGACCGCAAGUCCCCGUUCAAUGGCAGCCACACCAUCAUCCAGUCGCAGUCAUCGAUGCCCAAGACCAUCCUGAUCCCCAUCCCCAUCUCCAAGUCGUCGGCCCCUCGUUUCCGCAACAGCGUGGAGGGCCUCAACCAGGAGAUCGAACGCAUCAUCAUCCGAGACACGCCUGAGAAGGACGAGGCCAUCGUUCCACAGGACGUCCCAGAUGGGCACCGCGCGCCCCCACCGGUCCCCCCGCGGCGCAGCAGCAGCACCCGCAGCAUCGACACGCAGACCCCCUCGGGGGGCGGCCUGAGCGGUAACCAUAGCAACAGCAGCAGCCGCCCCGACUCCAUCUCGCCCUCCUACCUCACCGUCCUCAAUGACACGGGCGGAGGCAGCCCCUAUGAGGACAAAGAGCUGGGCCCCUGCUCCCCGCUGCCCAAGUACGCCGCCUCUCCCAGACCCAACAACAGCUACAUGUUCAAGAGGGAGCCUCCAGAGGGCUGCGAGAGGGUCCGAGUGUCCGAGGAGACCAUGCUCAAACCGCUGCAGGAGCUCCCGCCCUUCCUGUGUCCCGACCGCAACAAGGUGAACUUCAUCCCCAACAGCGGCUCCGCCUUCUGCCUCGUCAGCAUUCUGAAGCCCUUGCUGCCGGCCCCGGACCUGAGCUUCCGCUCCGCGGGGGGCCUCCGGAGCCAUUCCCCGUCCCUCGUGCCUCUGUCCACCCAGCCCUGCCUCCUGGAGGAGCCCGAGAGCUUCUGACGGCCCACGAGGGCUUUAAAGUCACCCCCCCCCCCUACCCCACCCAGAAAAAAGAAAAAAUGUAAUUAAAUUUUAAAGAAUGCCUUCAGCAUGCCAGCUGAGCUCUCUCUCUGGCGUCCUUCCCUCAGACGACCGCCACGCAGGAGUCCUACAGAGCGAGCGCCGCUAACAUCUCAUCGCUUUCUUCAGUGCUGGUUUUAUGUUCCUGUUUUUUCAGGGGAGGAGAAAAGGGAACAGACUCUUUGAUUUCAUCGUAUCAUACCAUGGCGCCUUUCCACGGACAUAUCUCUUUUUCUAUCUGUCGUGAUUUCUCUUGAUAUGUACAAUAUGCCUUCCAUUAUUUGAAACGAAAAAGAAGAACAAGAAGAAGGAAAAAAAAGGGCAGCUGGUUUCCUUGGCGACCAAGAGUUUGGAAGGUUAAUUAAUUGGUGCUGACAGAUCUAACGUAGCAAAACUUGAAGUUGUAAAUGUGCCCGAUACUUCAGACCGUGCUCAGCUCAUGUCCGGCUCUCGAGCCCUGCGGCGGCCAUAGAUACAGAGAGGCGGGGCAGUGAGGUGGUCCUCAUAAACAAUCCAUAUUUAGACCACCUGUGACCUCCAGAAGUCUGUGUUGUACUUCUAUCCGCCGUUCACUGGCACAAGCUGACGCCUCCGACGCGCGGUCUGGCAGCAGGGAGCUGGUGACAGCGCCCCUGCCGGCCGGAUGGUGUAUCUAUGGGAGACGCGGGCCAGGGCUAUGACGUGUGCACCGUGUUCCACCCGUGUCCGCCUGCCCCCCCCCUUCCUCCACGUCCAUCACCACCUUUCUAGCUCUCGCUUUCAUUUUCUUCCCCUCGCGGCCACCGUAAUGCUAAUUUAUUUAUUUUUCUCUCGUCUUGCUCGGCUUGUAUCGUGAAAUGUGUCCAGACAGGGGUGGGGGGGGGGGUACAUUAUUUUGUUGUAUCCUCUUCUUCUGCACCGAUUUAAUAAUAUGUCCAUGAACCAAUAAUGUCUGAUAAGGGAAACAGACAUUAAUGAGCUUUUUCCCCCUCAUAUUUUGCAAGAUUCUAAAAUCUUUUGAAGCUCCGGCUCCUCCCUCCUGUCCAUGUCGUUACUACUUGUGCCCGCUAGGCGGGGUAGGAAUGUACUGGGUCUGUAAAUAACGAGCCACACUGUGUUUGUAUUAUGGACUGACAGAGAUAUGUAUCUGAAUGAGUCCCCCCCCCCCCCUCUGUCUUUUUCUCUGCUGAUUACUGUGAAUGACUACAUGUCUUAUUAUUGUGUAUAAUAAUGUAUUUAUUUAUCAGAUGUGUAAUUGGGGGCUCCAGAGAAUUUGAACCGAGAAUAGAUUACAUCGUCCAUCUCAGGUUGCAGUGACUAGGGCACACGCACACACACGAUGUACUAACGCCAAGUCUACACCACGAGGAAGGGAGUAAGUCUACACUAUGAUUAAGGGAGUAAGUCUACACUACGAGGAAGGGAGUAAGUACACUACGAGGAAGGGAGUAAGUCUACACUACGAGGAAUGGAGUAAGUCUACACUACGAGGAAGGGAAUAAGUCUACACUAUGAUUAAGGGAGUAAGUCUACACUACGAGGGAACAUAAGACUAGCAGAGUGGACAGAAGUGUGGAUGUGGUGUCAUUAUUUCGUGACCCUGGAGCGGCGCGGUCCCAUUUGUCUGUUUCUUGUUUUUGUUUUUUAAAGACAUCUGUUUACAAAAAUAAAAAAGGUAGAUUAAACGAACAGAUUCAUACA